UUACAUCAGCCCACAGAGUUCUGGAGAAAGCAGCUGACAGACCGUUGGAUUCAAAGCAAAGGGCUCGGAUCUGGACGUCCUGCUUCUACGCUCCCACUGGAAAUAUCUGAACUAACUCUGCUAUCUUUGGACAAAUGGUCUAAAAGGGAAGAAUCAUUCAAGUCAGAAGCAGGUCCAUGUUUUGGGGAUGAAGCUCCGGCGGGACAUGCACUUCCUCCUCCUACUGAGCCUGCUGGGACCGGCCUCAUCCCAGGUUAACCCAGGAGUGUGUCGGUACCCUCUGGGCAUGUCAGGAGGACAGAUCCAGGACGAGGACAUCUCUGCUUCCAGUCAGUGGUCCGAGUCUACAGCGGCCCGAUAUGGACGGCUGGACUUUGAGGAGGGUGAUGGGGCGUGGUGUCCCGAGAUCACUGUAGAACCAGAUCAUCUGAAUGAGUUUCUUCAGAUAGACCUGAGAUCUCUGCACUUCAUCACUCUGGUGGGCACCCAAGGGCGACACGCGGGUGGCAUCGGCAACGAGUUCGCCCAAAUGUACAAGAUCAAGUACAGCCGUGAUGGGAGCAGGUGGAUCUCCUGGAGGAACAGACAGGGCAAGCAGGUGAUUGAAGGAAAUAGAAAUGCCUAUGACAUCGUCCUGAAGGACCUGGAGCCCCCGAUAGUCGCCCGGUUUGUACGGUUUAUGCCCGUGACGGACCACUCCAUGAACGUGUGCAUGAGGGUGGAGCUGUACGGCUGCGAAUGGCUUGAUGGUCUGGUCUCAUAUAAUGCCCCCAUUGGAGAACACAUGACUUUGGCUGGCUCCUCUGUUUAUCUGAACGAUUCUGUCUACGAUGGAGCACUCGUUCACAGUAUGACAGAGGGCCUGGGCCAGCUCACUGAUGGAGUGUGUGGUUUGGACGAUUUCACAGUCAGUCGUGUCUACAGUGUGUGGCCUGGUUAUGACUAUGUGGGCUGGAACAACGAGAGCUUUCCAAAUGGAUAUGUUGAAAUCAUGUUUGAGUUCGACCGCACACGCAACUUUACCUCCAUGAAGGUUCACUGUAACAACAUGGUUUCAAAGCAUGUUAAAGUCUUCAGGCAGGUGGUCUGCUACUUCAGAUCAGACUUGGACUGGGAGGUUUCGCCCCUGAGCUUUAGUCCAGUGGAGCACCUGACAAACUCCAAUGCACACUUUGUGACUGUGAACCUCGCCCACCACAUGGCCUCUGCCAUCAAGUGCCAGUUCUACUUCUCUGAGGCCUGGAUGCUUUUCAGUGAAAUCACCUUCCAGUCAGAUACAGCAAUGUACAACACAACACUGGCACCAUCAAAGCCUAAAUUACCAUCAAAUACACAACCAGAGGACGAUCCCACUCACAAAGUGGACGACAGUAAUACUCGCAUUUUGAUUGGUUGUUUGGUGGCCAUUAUCUUCAUCCUUGUGGCCAUCAUCGUCAUCAUCUUGUGGAGACAAGUGUGGCAGAAAAUGCUGGAAAAGGCCACUCGUCGGAUGCUGGACGAUGAACUAACUGCUAGUUUGUCAAUACAGAGCGAGACAUUCACCUACAGCCAUAACAACAACCCUCAGUCCAGUUCGGUCAGUGAGCAAGAGUCCAGCUCCACCUACGAGAGGAUCUUCCCCCUGGGCCCGGACUACCAGGAACCCUCUCGCCUCAUAUCCAAACUGCCCGAGUUCACUCAGACCUCAGAGGAGCCAGCAUCUUCUAGUACAGCUGCCUCUAAGUCCACCAUAUCCACAGUGGUCCAAGACAGCGUCCCUCACUAUGCAGAGGCCGACAUUGUAAAUCUCCAGGGAGUAACCGGAGGCAACACUUAUGCUAUCCCAGCUGUCACCAUGGACCUGCUCUCAGGGAAAGAUGUAGCCGUGGAAGAGUUUCCACGAAAAUUACUGACAUUCAAAGAAAAACUCGGAGAGGGACAGUUUGGAGAGGUACACUUGUGUGAAGCAGAGGGGAUGCAAGAGUUUAUGAAUAAAGAGUUUAAAUUUGACUACCCCGAAGAGGAGCCUGUUUUAGUGGCUGUGAAGAUGCUUCGCUCAGAUGCCAAUAAAAAUGCAAGAAAUGACUUCCUAAAGGAGAUUAAGAUCAUGUCUCGUCUGAAGGACCCAAAUAUUGUGCGUCUUUUAGCAGUGUGCAUCUACAGCGAUCCCCUGUGUAUGAUCACUGAGUACAUGGAGAACGGAGAUCUCAACCAGUUUCUAUCAAAGCACGAGCCUGAGGGACAACUGGCCCUGCUCAGCAACGCUCCCACUGUCAGGUACAGCAAUGCAUGA